AUGGAUCACCGCUGGCAGGGCAAGGCCUCUGAAUGGCGGCAAGUAGAGGAUGCAGCAGCCGAAGCACAGCAGGCGUUGCGUGCCAUCGUCACGGAAGCAGAGGCUCGAGUGCAGGCGGAGCACAGAAGGGAGUCCGAGGAGGUUGUGGCUCAACAAGCCCGGCAAGAGCAGGUGCUUCUCAGCUUGGCACAUGAACUCUCACAGCUUCGGGCUGCGCACGAGCGCCUGCAGGCGCAGCAGGCACAGCAGGCGCAGGCCAAGCAGGCCACCCCCUCCAAGAGCCUGGAUAAGACCACGAUCGUCGAAGAGGUGCUCGUAAGGACGAGCUCCACUCCCAAGGCCGAGCCUACUGAGGACCUCUCCAAGACGGUGGAAGUGAACCCCAAGCUGCCGCUGGCAGAAGAGGAAAAGGCGGAAAAGGCGACCCCUUCCGCCGCUAAGAAGACUGACCUGCCGACUGCAAGCUCGCCCGACGCCAGCCCCAUCGUGGAUCGAGAUGUGAUGCGAGCGGUGGAGAAGGCACGCGCCGCAGUGGCGGAGUUGCAGCGCCACGCAGGACUCCUGGAGGUUCCUUCGCUUGCCUGCAUGGACACGGUGCAAGUGCAAAGCUGCCCGCCCUUCAGUCAUGAGACGGUGGGAUUGAACAUCUUGCUGUCGCCGGAUGGCUAUACGGCGACACGGAGCUGCGGCUGCCGUGAGUCAGUGGCGAUUUGCAAAGGGCCACUUCAAUUGCAAGAGGAGGGCUUGUACUUCGAGGUGGAGGUUCUGCAAACGGUCGAUGGAUGGCUGGGUGGGCUGGGUAUCGGCGUCACCCACGCGAAUCCAAGCGCGCUGAAGGACCAGCGACUGCCGGACAAAGCUUCCAAAGUACCUGGCAGCUUCAUCCUGGGAUAUGCAGGUUCCAAGUACUUGAAUGGCAAUGAGGAUUCCAUCAGCUGGCAGCCUGACCAGUUAAGAGUCGGGCAGCGAGUUGGACUUCUCCUUGAUGGCACAACGAAUGACUUGGCUGUGAACGUCGAUGGCCAGGAGGUAGCUCGUGUCCUGGGAGACGAGCUGAGGCUGCAGGGUUUGGGACUUGAUCCCUUGUACGGCAUCGUGGAUGUGUACAACGCCACGCUCUCUGUGCGUCUGCGUCCAGGAGCCACCCCCCCACGUGCCUGA